GCCACACCGCUUGAUUCUUGAAACCCAUCACCAGCUAAUCCUUACCAGACUGCCCCGACCCAUCCAAGUUCCUGUCCCCGUCCGAGCUCACCGGAAACUCGCCGGCAGCCACCGAGUUCAUAACCCAACGUGACCCUCUCGAUUUUGGACUUUUCCCGUCAUAUUGGAUCCAUCCCGGUAUGAAAACGAACUUAAAUUUUUUGGUUUAACGCUAGUGGGUUUGGGCCCUGACAUAGCUGGCCCAAAAUUGCAGCGCCAAGGAUUUCCAGGUUUAAAAUCUGCACAAUGCCUCAAGUUCAACCCAAUUAUAAACCAUGCCGUUUUAAGCACAGUGAGUCUUCUAGUUUUCCGCUCUGAACUUGGUGAUUUGGGAAAGAAAUUAGUUCUCUUGGAAAAUAUGCUAGUGGCAUAGAAGGAGUCUCAGUUAUGGACACAGAUCAACCACAGACAGAUGAAGAUCCAUUUCUUGCAUUCAUCGAUUACGCGGGGUCUAUGCUCUCUCCCGAAGGCGAGGAUGAUCAAGACCUGAAUGGAAACAGAGCGGAGACAGGCGGGCCCGGGUGGAGCUGGAUUGCAUCUCGGAUCCUCAAGACUUGCAUUGCCUAUUCGAGUGGUGUCACCGCCGCGAUUCUGCUAUCUGAUCUCUCUCAGGCCUGGAGUGAGCAGCACAGGCGUGGGGCUCCAAAGAGAGUGCCGGAAUGUAUAAAUCAAUUGAAAAUGAAACAUAGGAGAGCAAAGCUUCCGAACACCAUUUCUAUUGACGCUAUAUAUGAGAGGAAUUUUCUAUCCUUAACAAGUGUCUUGGAAGCUGUUAUCCUUGAUGCUUUUGCUCUCCCAGGUACAAACAUAUACAUGCUUACUUUGGGGGAUUUUCAAAGCUCCAAUACCAUUGAUCUUUAUCUCCACCGUAGAUACUACGAUUUGGUGGAUCCUCACAAUGGGGUUCUGAAGAAAGGGAGGGAGAUUUUCCUUACUGGAUGUUAUCUUCGGACCGCCGCUGAAGGAUCUGGUUCUCCACGACUUUUGCCAACAGAAUAUUUAGUGAUUUUGUUAGAUGAGGAGGAAGAUGAUGAUGCAAUGCUGCUAGGAGCUCAGUUUUGUUCAGAUUCUUUCUCUUCCAUUUCUCUUGAUGCAGUCAACAAAGGGGCUUCUUUUUCAUUGUAUGCUAGGAUUGAAUCUAUUGGGCCAUUGGAAAUUCAGGGAACAGUUGGUAGGUUACAGAUAAAACAAAUUACUCUUGUUGAUAACGAUGGUGUCAAGUUAAAGUUUCUCUUGUGGGGUGAACAGGUUCUCCUUGCUAAUCUUUUCAGUGUUGGAAGUAUGCUUGCACUGGAUAGACCAUAUAUUUCAAGUUCCAUACAGAGUGCCAUUGAAAUAAGUGACGAGUUUUGCCUUGAAUAUGGUAGUGCAACCCAAUUAUAUUUGGUGCCUUCCAUUCAACAUGAGGAACAAGUGUGUGUAGCAUUGACACAAAAUCGGUAUCAAGGACCAAGACUGCUGAAUACAUUGGAUUCUAGUCAGGAUUCAAAAGUUUCUCAAGUUUCCUUGCCCUGUGAUUCACGGGGUUCUAUCGACUUCAGUAAUUAUCCUUUUCAAUCAUUUGUGACAGACCUUCGUGACAAGAUGACUGGCAUCAGCCUCUAUGGUAUUGUUACAGAUAUUAUUAAAGAAAAACAUGUCACAGAAGCUAUUUUCUCUCUGAAAAUUGAAGAUACCACGGGGGCAAUUUGGGCAAAGCUACAUUUGGUCAAAUCUUGGUCACUGGGAAGAUUAAGCAUUGGUCACACGGUGUAUAUUUCUGGGUUAACAUGCUCUAUGACGAAGCAAAAAUGCCUGGAAGCAUUAUGGUUUGAGGAUAAUAUUAGGUCUUCUUUCUUCAACCUCAGUUGCCUCCCCGCAUUGCUUAACUCUUAUUGUCUUCAUAAAUGUUCGAGCCUUUGUGAUCUAUCCAGCCAGACUAUCUAUACACAAAUAUGUCGAGUGUGGCUUGACCAAAUUGCACAUUGUCAUGUCAAUACGAAAUUUUCACACUCUCAUUGUGGUCAUUUUGUUAACAAGACACCUAGUGGAGUUGUGGAAUGCAGCUUCUGUCAUUACAAUUGUGAUGCUGAAGUUGUGCGUACUUUCCAUCUGGAAAUCACUCUUGCAGAUGAGACUGCAAAAGUUUUCGCAUGGUGUACUGGUCAAACGGCAGCAGAAUUGCUGCAAAUAUCUCCCGAUGAAUUCUAUGAGCUGCCUGAGGAAGAACAGGCGAUGUAUCCUUCUUCGCUAGAGAAUGAGAGGUUCAUGGUUGCAGUAGUUAAUUGCAAGAGGCAGAGUGAUGGAAUUGGAGAUGGUCUCAUCCUAGAAAAUGAUGCCGUGUCAUGGGAGAUAACUCGUGCAUUGAAGUGUGAAUAAUAUUUUGUUGUAUAUAUAGGAAAAAGGAUGUUUUGGCUAUUCGACUUCACUGGAAAAAGUUGGUCUGGAAUUCUGUCCAGAAUGAAGUAGAUAAGUAGUUGCUGAUGGCCUUAUUAUGUAACACCCUCUUCCCGCAGGAAGACCAUAUUAUGCAUUGUUCAAACCAGAAACGCAAGGAUACAAGAAUUCCAUAA